GAACCAACCUCCACCACUCAUUGCUUGACGCUUCCCAAGCUCGCCGUGAGUUUGGUCAGCCCAGUCAUGCCGGCCCACGCGGCCAACUUUCUGCAGCUCUACUGCAGUAAUGAGGGCAAACGACUCACCUGUGGCGGUAAUUGUUGUGGAUUGCUAUUUCUGUUUCUCUUAAUGCACGGUAACCUAAUGGUGUUUGAAGAUGAGAAACAUCAGCGCCCAAAUGCAUAAUGAACGAGCCAAGCUGUCAGGUUCGCACAAUCCCGACCCGUGGCGCGUGGAGGAAUUCCUGCGAAAAGCGCCAGGCCGCUCGUCGAUUGGUCGGUGCUUCUGCUAAACAACAAACAGACUCCAUGCCAAUCUCGGUGGCCCAACCAUCAUAGAUGAAGCGGGAAUUGUUAGGUCGCCACCAGCCCUCAUGCAUCCAAGUACUGUGCCACCGUCAGGUCAAAGAUGUCCGCUGCGUACCACCAAAGGCACCUUGACACCCGUUCGUCAUUUCGUCAACGCAAGCGCUCCCUGGCAUGCAAAUAGAGCGAUCUACAGAGUACACAGCGAGGUGAACCCAAGGAAUUGCCUUCAGACGAGACAAGCUAGCGUCGCUCCACGGGCACAUUGGCCGCCUGGUCCAAUCAUGUGCGAGUGCGACGCAACGGAGACAGCGAUCUUGCACCACAGACGGCAUCAGUUUCGACGACGCCGUCAUCUAAACUCCUUUGCAUUAAUCCAACAGGGCACGACGCAACUUCUGCAACAGAAGGCUGGCCGAUGUUACCGACGGACAAUGCUGGAAGUCUCAAAGAAGCUUCGCCCUACCAGAGGCGAAUUAUGCGUCCGGUUUGUGGAAACUUGUGUGGAAACUUGUGUGCAAACAACGCCAGGCAUCCCGUCCUGUCAAUAGAUAGUCUGCCCACGGAUCAUACGGUGGUCCCGCCCG